AUGAUACUUGAAAAUAUAGAGGUAUCUGAUCAGGAUUCACUUGAUAUACUACUAAAUGAAUAUGUAUGCAAAAUCCCAAAUGAUAAGAAACAGCUAGAAUUUAAGAUUGGAUCAGUGCAAAACCAUUUAAUUUUUUCAAUUCAUAAAAUUCCAGCACAAAAGGAAUUUUCAAGUUACCUAAAUUUUGAAAAAGUAGCUAAACUAUAUGAUAUAAAAGCAUCAACUAUACAAGAACUUCCACAAUUUGUUCCUGGUAUUAAAAGGCAUUUGUAUUUAUGA